AUGGAUGGAAUGCUUCUGCAGGUCUUGGUUCUUCUGCCUGUGGGUGUGGUGGUAGCAGGUAAAUGGGUGGUGCUGACACCUUUAAAGGCAUAUUCUCAAGAUGCAGGUGGACCACUGACAAUUAGGGAUGUAACUGUAGAAUUCUCUCUGGAGGAGUGGCAAUGCCUGGACAUUGUUCAGCAGAAUUUAUAUAGCGAUGUGAUGUUAGAGAACUACAGAAACCUGGUCUUCCUGGCGAGACCUGAUCACCUGUCUGAAGCAAGGAAAAGAGCCCUGGAAUAUGAAGAGACAUGA